AUGUCCAAGUACGCUGCACGCAGCACAUGCCCUUGGGGUUCCCAGGACUCCGUGCCGACAGACGCCCACACGGUGGCAGCGAUGAAGGCUGCGCGCCGUCGUGAGGCGAACAUGGGCGGUUCCCGCUCUACCGUGCCCUGGAAUGAGAAUCCUGCAGCCAAGCCGACCGACGGCCGCGUGCCUCCUUCCCAAGCCGAGAUCGAGGCCGACAAGAUGGACUUCAUCCAGCAGUGUUUCGAGAAGGGAAUGUCCGAGGACGAGGUUUAUGAUGCCCUGGAGCAGUACCAGGCCCCCUUGCGCGAGCUCAACGGUCUCGAGUCGAAAGGCGUUGUGGAGGAUGCCGUGACGAUGGCGGACAGGCGGGCCCGGGCCAAGAAGCUCUCGGAUGCCUCUGUGGCGACUUACGACGCCGAAAAGUCCCGCUCAGCCUACAUGGACUCCCAGAACAAAGCAGCAGAAGCGCGCAACAAGAACCGCGUGGGAUCAGGCGAGGCCGCAGAAAGCUAA